GUGUAAUACCGACAUGCGUGUUAUAUGGAUAAUCGGACUAUUAAUCGGCUCGGCUGUUGCCGACACCGCCCUUCUUAAUAAUAUGACUGACCAGUUGCUCCAAUCUGCACGAUCUUUGAUCCAACAAGACGCCAUAGACACGAUGAAGAUCCCUGACAUGAAUAAACAUUGGAAUUUAGUAAUAUCGGUUUUCAAGUUCAACGGGAUUCUCAGAUGUCGAGACGGAUGGGUCAAAUCCCCCAGUUCAAUAGAAAGGGCGAGCGAUGCGACCAUGACCACCAAGGGGGACAAAGUGACCCUGAACGUACUACUCGGAUUCGGCAAUUUGGAGUUCGGCUUCAGAUCGUGCAACGUCAAAACUUACGGAAAGACAUGGCUGGAGAACAACAUUACGUCGAAGGCCUAUACGACAAUCUACUCCAAUUCGGUCGAACUCCAGUUAUCGCUCAAAGGCCACGGUGCCCAGUGCGUCGCCUCCGUAGAUCACAUCGUCCUUAAAAACCUAGGAAAUCUUAACAUUCACAUCGGCGGUCAUUACUUCUAUGAGCUAGAAGAACAGAUCAAAAACUGGACUGUAGGUCACUUUCAGGACUAUGUCGUCGAUUCGAUCGUUGAGAAAUUAAGUGAUGCCGCCCGUUGCUCCAUUUCAAAAUUAGACUUGUGCUCAAAAAUUCCACCCUUAUCACGUAAUUAAUCCAAAACUUUAUACGUAGUGUCUUAUGAGAUUUAUAGAUGUAUAUUAAAAAAGCAUAAACAUGGAAUACGAGUUAAA